AUGACACCAUUUGAAAUGAACAAUCAAACAGAUGUCACUGAAUUCAUCUUCUUGGGAUUUUCCAACCACCCCAACCUACAGGGCUUGUUCUUCCUGGUCUUCCUAGUCAUUUAUCUGACAACUCUCCUAGGCAACAUGCUUAUAAUAACAGCCACCAAGAUCAGUCCAGCUCUCCACACUCCAAUGUAUUAUUUCCUCAGCAACCUGAGUUUCUUGGACAUCUGCUACACAUCUACCACCAUUCCAGCCUUGCUAAUAAACUUCUUCCGGAAGAAGAAGACCAUUUCAUAUGAAGGCUGCCUUUCCCAGAUCUUUUUCCUCGUGACAUGUGCUGGCACUGAGGGUGUCCUCUUGGCUGCUAUGGCUUAUGACCGCUAUGUAGCCAUUUGCCACCCUCUUCAAUACCCAGUCCUCAUGAGUGUGAAUGUCUGCGUUUCUUUGGUGACUGGGUCCUGGCUGUGUGGGCUGGUGAAUUCUGUGACACACACAGUGCUGGCAACUGCACUCAGUCUUUGUGGGCCCAACCAGAUCAGCCACUUUCUCUGUGACAUCCCAUUGCUCCUAGAGCUCGCCUGCUCAGACACCUCUCUCAAUGAGUCUGUGCUCCAUGUGGCCAGUGCCACCAUUGGCCUGAGCCCCUGCCUAUUUACUGCAGUAUCCUACAUACUUAUCAUCUCUGCCAUCCUUAGGAUCCCCUCUGCUCAGGGCAGGAACAAAGCCUUCUCUACCUGUGCAUCCCACCUCACUGUGGUGGUGGUCUUUUAUGGAACAGCCAACCUCAACUAUGACAGACCCAGGGGAGGCUACUCCCUGGACAUGGACAUCCUGGUCUCUGUGCUCUUCUGUGUUGUGACCCCCAUGUUGAAUCCCAUCAUAUACAGCCUGAGAAACAAGGAAGUCAAAGGGACCCUAAGAAAGCUGGCUAGAGAAUGUGGAUUAUCUAGUGAGAUCAAUGAUUAG